GUUUUAUAGUUCUUGCUGAUACUAUUAAUCGGGGUGAUCUGGUUCAGGCAUUUACAUCUCGUUCUUCACCACAUUUGCAGCGACAUUUGACGACUCCUCUACAAUGGAUAUCAACUGUCCUUCAAACCUCGACGAGGGUUCCGACGACCCUGCCAUUCCUCCAAAACCCGCCGUGAACCCAAUUCGAAAAUAUAGUUCCUUUGAAGAGUGUGGUUCUCCAACUUGUCAAAGUUCCGCACUGCGUGAACACUAUCACUGCAAGAGCUGUAACAAGCUCAUUAUUCGACGUGAGGAGAUGAUUCGACACGCAAAGUGGCACCGGAAACGGGAGGAAAGUUUGCAGUACGGAUUCAUGCGUUACAGUCCCAGUGACAAUUGUACCGUCCCCGAAUGCGUACAUAACGGCCGGCAGACGCACUAUCACUGCGUAAAACCAAACUGUACCAAGGUAUAUAUAAGCACAUCAGACGUUCAAAUGCAUGCGAAUUUCCAUCGAAAGGACGCGGUGAUUAUUCAAGAAGGUUUCCAGCGGUUCAGAGCCAGUGAGAAUUGUGGGGUUCAAGGUUGUCCGUUCACCAAGGAGCGGACCACGCAUUUCCAUUGCAGGCGCACCAAUUGUCACUUUACUUUCAAGAACAAGGCUGAUAUGGAGAAACAUAAACUGCACCACCAGAAAAAUGACAAUUUUGCCAAAGAUGGGUUUCGAAAGUAUAUCAAAUGCGAAAGCUGUGGAUUCUCCAGUUGUAAAUAUUCCGGUAUAAUCAAUCACAUUCACUGCAUAAGACCAGAUGCUUUUUACUGUUUCGUAUUUUUUAUUCACAGGCUGCGAUUACGUGGUUCAUUCUUCAAGUCAGAUUCUGUCACACAAACGAAAGCAUGAUCGUCGCUACUCGCAUCUACCUUCGAACUCAUCCGAUCCAUAUCUGACCAACUUUUCACGGUUUUCAAACGGAUCUCCUUACAGUAUACAAAAUUCGAAUAUUCCCACAAAUUUUGGGGAACGGCGUGGGAGCCCGCAAACACCCCCAGACGAGUACGCAUUCAACGCGUCCGAUCCCACUGGAUCUAAUAUGAGUCCUGAAAAAGAACCCUACGCAAUGGAAAUCGAUGAGAGAUUCGAACAUUCCGGAACGGGAUCGCUCGGUGACGACAGUCUUCCCACUUCGAACAAAACCUUCGGAUGUGCGGUCUCCUCUAACCAAGCGAAUGAGACGAAUAUGGAAAAUAGCAGGGAAAGCCUGUUGUUCUAUACAGUCUCGCGAUUGGUCACUCGGUGCGUGCAAUACAGAAAGAGAAAUGCAAUCAAAAUGAAAGGACCCGAAUCCUCCAUGGCCAAUGGGAGUAGAGAACACGUAGCAACAAAACCAAACUACACAAUCGAAUAUUUAUUUCAUUCCAAAGAAGAAGAAUCUCGAGACCAAUGGGCGGAUGAUACCGAUGAUGAUGAGUCAGAGGAUCGUAAACAGGUACAACAGAUAAUUGGUCUGGUUGAAAAACAUUUCAAGAAAUGCACACCGGAAACUGGCGACGGGGAAGCAUGUGGUAAGGAUCCAUCCAAAGUGCACCAGCAUUGCUAUUGGCCAGGGUGCUGCGCGGAUCAAAACGGAGGGUUUCAGAACGAAUGUGCUCAGUGGAUAAAUCACAUUUGGCAAGCCACCCUACUGCGGCGUGGGUUGACUCGCUGCGAUGGUUCUGACUGCCCACAUUCUACGGGUCCGAUUCACUUUCACUGUUUUCUGUGGCCUGAAUGUGGGUUCACUAGUCCUCAGGGUGACAGUGACUUUGAGAUACUAUAUGGACACUUAGUUCAGCAUGACUCGCGUUUGUCCACUCGAAGCGCGGAGGCUUUUGAGUUCAACUCCUCGGGCAUUGCCGCAGCUUCGAAAAGGGAACAGAACUCGUCCCUGAUCGGGAUUACUGACACCGCAUACGGGGCAUUCGGUCAAAUGCCACGUAGACGUGGAAGACCCCCAAAAUAUACCAAAUAUGUUCGUGUUCCACGGUUAAACGUUCCGGAUGAACUGUGUAAAGACGAUCCUCGAGUGCCAGAAAUCAACCACUCAAUGUUUUUGGCAACUGAACACCAGGAUACUGGCGACGGUGAUGUAACGAAAGAAUCCGAUCUGUCCGCUCGAAUUGUCUGUGGUGUUAAGCUUUUCCUUAGAAACGAGGCUUGUCAAGAUGAAUUGUGUGACUAUUCCAGUCGAGGUGUAGAACACUAUCACUGCAUCCGCCCACGCUGUUUCAUGACCUCAGACAGUUUGGACAUGAUGAAUGUGCAUAGGCGUGAAUUUCACAGUCACAUCAACAUCGCUCCUGGUUUUGAACAUUUUGAUCGAAGUGUGGAUUGUCGACGUCCCACAUGCCAUAGCCGGCGUACGGCGCAGCAUUAUCACUGCACUUAUCCCAACUGCGAUUAUUCCUUCAUUCGUCCAAGCACAAUGCUCCAACACGCGAGAAAACACGAAGAGUUGGCCAAAGCUCGGCGAUAUUCCGGUUAUUUUGUGUCCGGAUUGAACGGAAGAGAAAAGCAACUGUCGAAACACCCAGGGAACCCAAAACCUUCAGCCCAGGUGGAUGUUAAACCACCAUAUCUACCCCUAGGAAUGUCUCCUAUGGUCGCGGCACAGAUUCCUUCUUUCUUACCUACUUCGCAGCAAGGAGUGGGCGCCAGUUUGGAUCAGGCACCCGAACCGGUGUUUCUUCCUCCAACCAAUAGGAUGAACGCGGAACAACUACCCGGCUUCCUUCCGAUUUGGGCCGCUGCUAUGGCAGCUGCCGCGGCUGUUACAAAGCCCAACCCCAUACCUUCACUUUUACCAAAUACUUCCAAAGAAGAUCUGAGUGGGUCUUUCACUGGAUCUCAGGAUGCUACGAUGAGCAUUCUGGACUCCAGAAUAUCGGAAAUAGAGGAAACUUCAGUGGGAGUGUGACUGGCAGAACCAAUCAACCUCUCAUUUUCCACGGUUCCGAACCAUCGGACGUCUCUUUGGAUGUGAAGCCUACAACUUCCCGGAUUGGUCCACCCAAAAACCCAGUGCGCCUGUGAAGUGUCCCCACGGUGGGCAGUCACUAGCUAUAUAAUUCUACCUCCUUCGAACAUGACCAUCUGGGUCCCAUUCAUAUUAUCAGACCGGGGAGAACAAUCAAGAACCCCCACCACCCAGUAACAUUUGUGUACAGUAUACGGAACUGGACGUUUCUAACCCCCUCCGCCCCGUGAUUUGCGACCUCUGUUUGGUUUGUAUGUGUGUGUGUGUGUGUGUGUGUGUGUGUGUGUGUGUGUGUGUGUGUGUGUGUGUGUGUGUGUGUGUGUGUGGUGUGCGCGUACAUGUGUGAUUUUUCUUGUGCGUACACUCACGGAUGCCCAGGUUUGGAAACCACAAGGAGAACCAGCUAUUCCCCGCCCCCCAACUUCAAUUUUUUGUAUUUUUCUAAGUUUUUGCUCCCUAGGAAUUUUCGGACUUGUACAUAGUAAAUAUGAAAUCUCAGUUAUGA